AGAACAAACAGAAAGAUGGCUUGCAACAGAAGUACAAGACUGAUGGCAAUGCUGCUGCUCUUGAUGGCUGCAGUUGCCUGGGAGCAGCUGGUGGACGCCAGCAAGAUUGCCUACAAGAAGCCACUGUACGGCAAGACGAGCUACAUGAAGGAGAAGCGCUUUAAGCUGCGCACUACCAACAGUCCGGCGACUACAGAGGCGGAUUGGCCCGUGCCCGUGGAGUUUAUCAUAAAUAGCACGCCGAGAACAGCAGCCACAACGGAGAGGCAGACGGAGACGGCGACAGAGACAGGGACGAACAGCAGCACAACUCUCGCUGUCAGCUUGGAGUCCGGCAGCAACAGCAGCAGCAGCAGCACAACAAGCACCACGGAGUCCAGUUUGGAUAAUACACUGCCAACGCCACCGACGCCGCCAACGGCAGCGUUGAAUCAACCUGUGCCCUGCACCUGCGGCGUCUUUCUCUCCUCGCAGAUUAAGAACGGUCUGCCGGAGACGCCGCUGAUCCACAAUGAAAUGGAUCGCAUGUUUCCCUGCAACGCCAUUGGACGCAAACAGUGUCAGACCAAAUGUCUCGAGACGAUUGUGCAGCAUUUGCCCAACUCGGCGAAUAUUGUUUGUGCCACACUGGGGCACAAUUGCCACAAGGAGCGUGCUUAUCUCUUCAUCAAGAACUGCCACAAUCAAUGGGUGAAUACCAAUCUACAGGCUGGACGCGAAUAUUGCUGCAAAGAGGGUGUUCCCUAUCGUUGUCCAUUAAUCGGCUGAUUUCAUGUUGAACAAAUAAAAACAUUAGAAAACUACAAUUUACAAAUGCAAUGUAAACAAAA